ACAAAACACACUGAUGCGGUGUAGAGGGCCAGGGCAAUGGAGAGAAUAUAGACUGGGAACUCAGGGAGGCUCAGCCACCAGGGGCCUGCGUUCUUGCUCCUAGUGGUAAGGCCUGUGCCAAGCGGGAAGUUGUGCAAUGGCUGAGUGGACGCCAAUCAUGUUGAACCAUUGCAAUGACCCAGCCCAUGACACUGGCUCAGAAAAAGGUCUUGCCAUCGUGGAAGCAACAGGACGCAUCUCGCACUGUGCAGCUGCCAUUGACGGAGGUUGUCCAUCGCACAACGAAAUCCUUGACCGCCAAAAAUGCAAUGCCUCGAUUGACAGAAGCGAUCGCUGCAAUGGUCAAAGAAGCAGAUAGCCCGACAGGGCGAAUUCGUGAAGAACGCUUCCGCAAUGUUUUGGAGGAGGUCGCCAGCCAAGUGCUUGACACGGACGAAGUCCAGGCCAUUUUCCCCGAAAAGAGUGGUGCAACUCAAGGUUAAGAGUUACGACUCUGGACCAAUAUGUCUAUUUGGUUGUCGCCAGCAAAAGACUGAAGACGAUGGUCUCGUUGAGAAAUUCAGUGCUUCAUUGACUUGUGACUGUAGACAAGGAUGAAAAAA